AUGUCCUUCUUCAAGACACGCGCUCCUUUACAAGAAUUCUCAGUGCCUACAGAUACAGGCGCAUAUAAUCAUAAACCUAUAACAAAUGACUUGAUUACUGAUAUCUUGUUUGAGGCUAAUAAAUGUACUCGACAGAUGGAAUCAGAGGAUUAUUUGAAGACAUUGACAGGCAUUUGUUUGUCCCUUGAUAACACGUCCAAGGCUGCUGGAAAAGCUUUGAUAACAGACUCAAAACAGAUCAAGACCAAGACACUGAGAGGAGGGUUACUUACUGUCAUCAAUGAGAAAAACAAGAUUUUAAGCUGGGUUGCACAAGAAAUCACAGAUGCCAUCCUAGUUACAACAGCUCAACACAAUGACAAGACUGGCCUUGCACUAUAUCGAGCUAAGGAUGACCAAGAGGUUCGUCUUCAGAUGGUGUUUGAAAAAUGGUCUCAGAAAGGCGGUGUGUGGUCAGCUGCAUCAUCAAAGGUACAUGCUGAUCAGUUGAAUCACAUUAGGAAGGGGUGCUUAGAGCGCACAUGUCAAGACAUCCAUUCAGAUGGAAGUAGCAUUGAAGGCUCUCAAAAGGGUUGGAACUCUUUGAUGAGGUCAUUCACAAGUGGUAUAGAGGUUUUUGCAGUGCUAGCGCAUGAUCAUGUCCUUCGCAGGAACUUGCAUAUUACUCACAGCAGUGCAACUCUUCCUCCACUUGUCAUGUCCAGUUAUGGCUGCCACCACAUCCGUCUUGUCGAUCACAUAGCUCAGCUCUGGAACACCAUGAUCAUGAAGGAGAAGAGCGCUCCUCUUUAUGGAGGUAAUUUACAGCCCAGGCCCAUUCUCCAUAUUCCCAACAGUAGCGAGACAUUUGGCCUUGUUCACUCCGCACAUACCAAGACAUUUGGAGGUCUUCUAAAGACAGAAGAUCAAAACUACAAUUAUGCUGAAUGUGGCUUGGAGGCUGAAGUUACUGCAGAGGACCUGUGCAAGCUUGCUCUCAACGAGCCGCUGGCCCUUGUACAGGACAUGGGCAUUGAUCCAUCCUUGCUCUUUGUUCCUCACACCCCCUCAGAUAUGCUGACUUCAUCAAAAUGCCAAUUGUCCUUAGAUCUUUCUGUCAAAGCUACAGCUCAUCCUAAACAACUGGCCUUACAUCAGGAAAACAUGAUUUUGCUAUAG